UUAGUGUUUACUGAUAAUUGUCAAUCGACAAUUUAUCCGAUGAAAUGUUCAACUGUUCUUCAAUCUAUGGAAUGUACCCCCUAAACCACGGUCUUGCCAUUGUCAUAUUCUGCGGUCUAAGAAUGUCUUAGAAUAUUCAUAAGUCGUAAGCGGUAACUACUCAUUGUCGCCAAGCUUUACUGCGGUCUGCGGCAAAUUGUUGUUGGAUCACGAGCAAAUGAACAAUACCAAUCGUCGUUAAUUCGUAAUUUUGUAAUGGAGUCCUCGAUACAUAACACUAGUACGAGUUCAGCUAAGUCUGUUGCAUUAAGUUAUGAAAUGGAUACUUCCAAUGAAGAAAUUGACCAACAAGUUUUACGAGAUGCUGGGGAACAAACUAUUAAUGCAGAAUGGUCAGCGACAGUAUCUGCAUUAAAUUCAUCAGACACAACUUCAAGUAAUUCCUAUAAUAAUAUUGAGACAUUAAAAGAGUGUUGUGCUAAUCCUUCAGAUACUCUUAAAGACAAAGAAGAUUUUAUGGUUAUUGAAUCUUCUUCUACUGUUGUAAAUAUAUCAAAAUUCAAUGACACAAAAUAUUAUUCAGAAUGUAAAACCACAGCAUUUCAAAAAAAACACAAACCACUUUCCCAAAACGUUAGUCGUUGUUUUGAGAAUAUUUUAGAUGAUGAUAGUCAAAUGGAGAUAACUCAGAGUAGUAUUUGUUUAAAUCGUUUUCAAAAGCGUAAAAGAUUGAUACCACCAAAUGAUGAAGAUUUUAUUGAAAUUAAUAAUUCCAAUUACAGUGGAUCAAAUAGUAUGGAAGUCAGCAUGACAAAGUCUCCAAAAUUCAGUUUUUCCAGGAAAAAAAAGGAUCAAUUUGAAAUACCAGAUUAUAACUUGUCUGCCUCAGACAGUGAUUCAAUUGCUAAUGAAACUAAUAUAUCUAAAAGAAAAGAAAAUGCAUCAAAUUGCUCUCUUGUUGUAAAUGAUAAUUCCAACAAUAUGAAGAAUGCAUCAAAAACAGAAGUCUUUACCCACAAAUUCAGCCUAAAAACAAUUGGUGUAGCUGAUUCUGUUUUUGAAAAUAUUAUCAAUAAUUCAAGCAUUAUAUCUGAUAUUACAUUAAACAAUAAGAAAACAUCCUUGAAUGAGACUGCAUUAUCAAAUGUUAACAACACAUCAGUUUUUAGUAAAAUGGACUUGUCUAAUUUAAAUCAUACCUAUGAUAUACCUAAUAAUACUAAUUCUACUUCAGUCAAUGCUUCAAUUGUUGGUGAUGCUGAUAUACCUAAAGUAAAACAAAAUGCUGUUUUUAAAAAACCAUCAAACUUAUCUAUUCUUGUAAAUGAUAACUCUAACAAUAUCAUGGAUACAUCCAAAACAGAAGUCUUAGCACAAAAAUUCAGCAAAAAAUCAAUUUGUGUACCUGAUUCUGCAUUUGACAACAUUAUUGAUGAUUCAAGCAUGACAUCUAAUAUUGGAUUAAAUAACAUGAAAACAUCUUUGAAUGAGACCUCAGUGUCAAAUAUUAAUAACAGUAAAAUGAACAUGUCACAUUUAAACUAUACCUAUGAUAUACCUACAAACAUUAAUACUCCUAAAAUUGAUGUUAUUAUUGCUGGUGAAGCUAAUAUACCUAAAGUAAAACAAAAUACUGAUUCAAAAAAACCUUCAAAUUUGUCUAUAGUUGUAAAUGAUAGUUCUAACAAUAUCAUUGAUGUAUCCAAACCAGAAGUCUUAACACACAAGUUCAGCCGAAAAACAAUUGAUGUAGCUGAUUCUGUAUUUGACAAUAUUAUUAAUAAUUCAAGCAUUUUAUCUGAUAUUACGUUAAAUCAUAAUCAUACAUUCUCGAAUGAGCCGCUAGUGUCAAAUGUUAAUAAGCCAGUGCUUAAUAAAAUUGAUAUGUCUAAUUUAAACCAUACAUAUGAUAUCCCUACAAAUAUUAAUACUUCUACAAUUGACGUUUCUAUUGCUGGUGAUGCUAAUAUACCUAAAGUAAAACAAAACACUGAUUUAAAAAUACCUUCAAAUUUGUCUAUAGUUGUAAAUGAUAGUUCUAACAAUGUCAUGGAUGUAUCCAAACCAGAAGUCUUAACACACAAGUUCAGCCGAAAAACAAUUGAUGUAACUCAUUCUGUAUUCGACAAUAUUAUUAAUGAUUCAAGCAUGACAUCUGAUAUCACAUUAAAUAACAAGAAGGUAUCUUUGACUGAGACGUCAGUAUCAAAUGAUAAUACUCCAGUUUUUGGUACAACAGACGUUUCUAAUUCAAAUUACACCUAUGAUAUACCUAUGAAUAACAAUACUACUCUUUUGGAUGCUAUUGUUGAACAUGAUAAAAAUAUGUCUGAAACUCCUGUUUCACUUCAAAACAACAGAUCUAAAAGCUUUAAUUUACGUCCACUAAAAUUUAAUUUUACUAAUAAAUUUGGUCGCCAUAGUCUGAGCUUACAAGAACACAGUCCAAGCUUUGAUGGAGUAAAGCAACACAACAUUUCAUUAAAUACUGAUUUUAGCAAAAACUCCGGAGAAGAAUCUAAUAUUUUUCUUAAAUCUGCUAAUAUUAGUAAUUUGAACUUAAAGUCACAUCCACACUUUUCUAUUAUUCGAGAAAUACCACCACUUGAUGAUCCAUUACUAACCAAUACAUUAAAUCAAGAACAACUUCAAUCAAAGCAUUCAAUUAGUUCUAAUUCAAAUAAUGAAGAUUUUUUACUGUCAAAUACCACUACUAAAUCAUUAGAAAGUAAUGAAUUUCAAAAAAAUCAAUCAAAACAUUCAAUGAGUUCUACUUCAAGUAAUGAAGGUUUAACUUUGUUAAAUUCUACUACUGGAUUAUUGGGAAGCUGCAGUUCAUCGAGAACUCAAUCAAGGUUAUUGACAUCUAAACAAUCAAAUAGUUCUACUUCAAAUAAUGACACAUUAAAUUCAACUAUGGAAUCAUUAGACAGAUCACAGAAUGAUCAAUCUAAGCAUUUAAUAAGCUCUACUUCAAAUAAUGAAGAUUUAACAUUAACAAAUUCAACAACUGGAUUUUCAGGAAAAUGUAGUUCAUCUAGAAAUAAAUCAACAUCAUCUGAACAUUCAACAAGUGUUAUUUCAAACCAUGACAGUUUAACUUCAUUAAAUGCCACUACAGAAAUAUCAUUAGGUGGUAGAUCGUCAAGAAAUCAAUCUAAACAUUCAACAAGUGUUAUGUCCAAAAAUGAUAAUUUAACAUUGUUAAAUACCACUAUGGACUCAUUAAAAAGUAAUGAAACUCAGAAAACCCAAUCAAAGCGUUCAAUAAGUUCUGAUUCAUAUAAUGAAGGUUUAACAUUAACAAAUUCAACCACUGAAUAUUCAGAAAGAUGUAGUUCGUCUACAAAUAAUUCAUCAUCAUCAGAACAUUCAACAAGUGUUAUUUCAAACCAUGACAGUUUAACUUCAUUAAAUACCACUACAGAAAUAUCAUUAGGUGGUAGAUCGUCGAGAAAUCAAUCUAAACAUUCAACAAGUGUUAUGUCCCAAAAUGAUAAUUUAACAUUGUUAAAUACCACUAUGGAAUCAUUAAAAAGUAAUGAAUCUCAGAAAACACAAUCAAAGAGUUCAAUAAGUCGUGAUUCGUUUAAUGAAAGUUUAAAAUCAUCAAAUUCUACUACUGGAUCUUCAGGAAGACGUAGUUCGUCUAGAAAUAAAUCAUCAUCAACAUCAUCUAAGCAUUCAACAAGUGUUAUUUCAAAUAAUGACGAUGUAAUGUCGUUAAAUGACAGUAAUGAAAUAUCAGUGAGUGGUAGAUCAUCAAGAAAUCAAUCUAAACAUUUAACUAGUGUUAUUUCCAACAAUGAUAAUUUAACAAUGUUGAAUACCUCUAUGGAAUCAUUAAAAAGUAAUGAAUCUCAGAAAACACAAUCAAAACGGUCUAUAAGUCCUAUUUCGUAUAAUGAAAGUUUAAAAUCAACAAAUUCUACUACUGGAUCUUCAGGAAGACGUAGUUCGUCUAGAAACAAAUCAUCAUCAACAUCAUCUAAGCAUUCAACAAGUACUAUUUCAAAAAAUGACAGUGUAACGUCUUUAAAUGACAGUAAAGAAAUAUCAGUAGGUGGUAGAUCGUUGAGAAAUCGAUCUAAACAUUCAACAAGUGUUAUUUCCAACAAUGAUAAUCUAACAUUGUUGAAUACCUCUAUGGAAUCAUUAAAAAGUCAUGAAUCUCAGAAAACACAAUCUAAGCGUUCUAUAAGUCCCACUUCAUGUAAUGAAAGUUUAAAAUCAACAAAUUCUUCUACUGGAUCUUCAGGAAGACGUAGUUCGUCAAGAAAUAAAUCAUCAUCAACAUCAUCUAAGCAUUCAACAAGUACUAUUUCAAAAAAUGACAGUGUAACGUCUUUAAAUGACAGUAAAGAAAUAUCAGUAGGUGGUAGAUCGUCGAGCAAUCGAUCUAAACAUUCAACAAGUGUUGUUUCAAACAAAGAUAAUUUAACAUUGUUGAAUACCUCUAUGGAAUCAUUAAAAAGUAAUGAAUCUCAGAAAACACAAUCAAAGCGUUCAAUAAGUCCUGAUUCGUAUAAUGAAAGUUUAAAAUCAACAAAUUCUACUACUGGAUUUUCAGGAAGACGUAGUUCGUCUAGAAAUAAAUCAUCAUUAUUGACAUCUAAACAUUCAACAAGUGUUAUUUCAAACAGUGACAGUGUAACAUCGUUAAAUGUUACUACAGAAAUUUCAGUAGGUAGUAGGUCGUCAAAAAAUCAAUCUAAACAUUUAACAAGUGUUAUUUCUAACCAUGACAGUUUACCAUUGUUAAACGCUGCCUCUAUGGGAUUAUUAGAAAGUAAUGAAUCUCCAAAAACUCAAUCUACAAGUCCUACUUUAAAUAUUGAAAAUUUAACAACUUUGAAUACCACUACUGAAUCAUUAAAACAAAAUGUAGUUUCAAUAAAUGGAUCAAUUUCAAAACAUUCUUCAUUGAUUAACAGCGGAAAGAUAUCCGUUAAUGCACUUGGAGAUGUUAUAAACAAUGUUAGUAGAAUGUCUACUCGAUCAUCAAAACGAAAAAGCAAUUGUUUGGGUAAUGUGGAACCUAUAACUUCAAUUAUUAUUGAUGGAUUAUCUAAUAGUGAUGGUUUAACAAUUAAAAAUACUACUACUGGACCUUUAGAACAAAAGAUAUUGUCAAUAAAUCAAUUAAAUUCUUCACCAAAUAUUUCUACUAAAACGUCCACUAAUGAAUUGAUACAAGAAGAUGAUACAAAUAAUAUUAGUAAAAUGUAUGCUUCAUCGUCCAAACAAAAAAACAAAUCUUAUGAUGAUAUCGAACAAUUAAUGUCAAAUAUUACUGAUGGCCCAUUGGUAGAAAAUAGACCGUCUAAAACUAGAGUACUAAGAUCUUCUCUGCAUAUUAAUAAAAAUAAAUCUUUACCAACUAAAUCAUUGACGUCAGAAAAUGAUGUAAAUAAUUUAUCUAUUGGUUCUACUAGAACUUCAAACCACAUGGCUAAUUUUAAUAAUGAAACUUUUGAUAAUAAUUCUGAUAAUUCAUUAUUUUGGACAACAUUACCUGAUGAGUCCACAAACAUAUCAAUCAUCCAGAAUGUAAAUAUGAAUACAUUUCAAACGCCUAAGAGAAAUAAAUUAUCUAUUGCAGAAAAUAUAGUUAAUACAAUUAAAAUCAUGUCAACAAAUAAACAAAAAUCUACUCAUCCAGGCGCUUUUGAACUCGAUGAUCAUAAUGAUGGACCAUUGACAAGAUCAUUAGUAACACGUUCACGUUCAUGUAAUCGCAGUCCUUCAAUUCUGACUGUAGUGUUUGGUGGACAAAAAACCUCAGAGUCAACUUCAUCGCUCACACAAUCUCCCUCAGAAAUUAUAUUUGAUCAAUCACAAGUUGAAGAAAACGUAAAACAAAAGUUUAAGUCUCUGUAUAAGAAAGAAUCAUGGAUUACCAAACGACUUUACAAAUUCUUAAUUAUUAAACUGCAACCAAAUUAUAAUAUAUAUGCGGUAAAGUAUGCAGAAAAGUUUGUCAAAUAUUUAGCACAGUUAUUAAAGCAAAUGCUUAAAGAUCAAGUAAAUUUGCAGUUGUGUACAGAUAUGUUGAGAUACCACAUGGCGAGAUAUCACAUCAUCAAAGAUACAUUUGAUUACUUAGGAUUUUUGACUGAUUACAUUCCAAUGGAAUAUUAUAAUAAGUUAGUUCCUGGGUGGAACUUUGAGACAUCAGCAGUAAAAUUUGAUCCACAAAAAUAUUAUAUUCCUCUCAUGGAUGAUGAAGAAUUCUUAAUUUAUAUUAUGGAACACCUUAAUGAAGCUUAAUUUAGUAUGCCUCUAUUUACCGCCAAUAAAUAUAAAUUGAUUUUAUAGGUGUUUUUUAUAUAUUUUAUUAUUAUUAUUAAUAUACUAUAUUAUGAAGUAGAUUAAAGAAGAUAUUUUAUUUUAUAGUUAAUUAUUUAUUAAAUUGUCAGUUAAAUGUAAUAUGCUGAAUUUAAUUGAGAUUUGUACAUUUUUUUAAAAUACAUGUAAUUUUUAAUAUUUUACAGUUGAACUUUUAAUAAUAAAACAGAAAUUUUUGUGUAAUUGUGUGAAAUUGUUUUAAAAUUAAAAAUAGUAU